AUGUCGAGUCAAGCCGAUAAGAAUAUCGAGAUCUGGAAGGUCAAGAAGCUGAUCAAGAGUCUUGAGGCGGCUCGAGGAAACGGUACCUCCAUGAUUUCACUCAUCAUGCCUCCCAAGUCACAGGUCUCGCUCACCUCAAAAAUGUUAACCGAUGAGUACGGUACUGCCAGCAAUAUCAAGUCGCGUGUUAACCGUCUCAGUGUUCUUUCUGCUAUCACCUCAACUCAGGGACGACUGAAGAUGUACAAUAGGGUGCCCCCUAAUGGCCUUGUCAUUUACUGUGGUGAAGCCAUGACCGAAGAUGGCAAAAUCAAAAAGCUCACUAUCGAUUUCGAGCCCCACAAACCUAUCAACACCUCCCUAUACAUGUGCGACUCUCGCUUCCACACGGAAGCUCUCGCUGAGCUGCUCGAGAAUGACGACAAGUUUGGCUUCAUCAUUAUGGAUGGUCAAGGUGCUCUGUUCGGAACCCUGUCCGGAAACACUCGGGAUAUCCUUCACAAGUUCACUGUUGACUUACCCAAGAAGCACGGCCGUGGUGGUCAGUCCGCCGUGCGUUUUGCCCGUUUGCGUGAGGAAAAACGCCACAAUUAUGUCCGUAAGGUCACUGAGGUUGCUGUCCAAAACUUUAUCACAAACGAUAAAGUCAAUGUCGCGGGCCUGGUGCUGGCUGGUUCAGCUGAUUUCAAGACGGAGCUCUCCACCUCUGAUAUGUUUGAUCCUCGUCUGGCUGCUAAAAUCAUUAAAAUCGUCGAUGUCUCCUACGGUGGUGAAAACGGCUUCAAUCAGGCCAUCGAGCUGUCAGCUGAGACCCUCUCUAAUGUUAAAUUCGUGCAAGAGAAGAAACUUUUGAACAACUAUUUUGAGGAAAUUGCAAAGGAUUCUGGCCUCUUCUGUUAUGGCUACGAUGAAACUUUGAAGGCUAUGGAUCUCGGUGCCGCGGAUACCGUCAUUGUUUAUGAAGAUUUAACCCUUAUGCGCUACGUUUUGAAGGACUCUGAGGGUAAUGAGCAGAUUGCCUUCGCAGAGAAGGACGCCCCGACUGAGUCUUAUUUGAUUGCUAGCGACGGCUCUGAAAUGGAGAUCGUCUCUAGUCAAGCAUUCGUUGAGUGGCUUGCUGAAAACUAUCACGAAUUUGGCUGCACUCUUGAGUUCGUUACUGAUCGCUCUGCUGAAGGCUCUCAGUUCGUUCGUGGCUUUGGUGGUGUUGGCGCGUUGCUUCGCUACAAGGUCAACUUCGAACAGCUGGUCGAAGACAGCGAGGACGAGUAUUUUGACGACGACGAUGACUACAUCUGA